ACACUAGACACGAAUUUGGAAAUCAGGGGGCCAUCGAGCUGCUGCUUUUCUGGGGAAAAAAAUAGGACCAAGAAGGAACAGACAUUACCGUCAAUGUCCAUUCAAGUGCACCCAUAAUUCCCGCGCUACGCCGGCAGUGUACUAGUUUCUCGCGAGAAGACGGGUCCUUAGAAGGCACAAACUUCCCUCUUCGGUUGCGCGGGUUUUGUGGGCAAGUUUAAACACGCGGGAGCGGAAGUGUCUUUGGUCUUUCCGAAAUCAACACCCAUUCUACAACGAAAGCCCAGCCUUCGACUGUUAUGGAAGGGCAGCAAGGGCAAGAAAGCCAGGCAACCCUAGCAGUGGCUCAGGCGCAUUUCGAGAAGGGCGAGUACGCGGAGGCCGAGGCGCUGUACUCCGCUUAUAUUCGCCAGUGCGCCUGUGCGGCCUCCGUCGGCCCGGGGCUCGGGAGCAAAUGCAGCCCUGAGGGUUUGGCUACUGCAUAUAACAACAGGGGGCAAAUCAAGUACUUGAGGGUUGAUUUUAAUGAAGCGAUGGAUGACUACACAUCUGCCAUAGAAGUCCAACCCAGCUUUGAAGUUCCCUAUUACAACAGAGGGCUGAUACUGUACAGACUGGGAUAUUUUGAUGAAGCUUUGGAAGAUUUCAAGAAAGUAUUAGACUUAAAUCCUGGAUUUCAAGAUGCUACUUUGAGCUUAAAACAGACUAUUCUAGACAAAGAAGAAAAACAAAGAAGAAAUAGUGAACAAAAUUAUUGAACUUUUAAAUUUAAUUGAAAUAAUAAUAAUUAAUGAUCCUUACAUCUGCAUCUGGUUGGCUGUAAUUUAAGAUACUCAGUGAGCUCUUUUGAUUUAACAUUUAAGAGAUUCAUACAUUAGCACUGAAAGUGAAACAGUGUGUUUAAUAUUGUUAAUUUCAGGUUGAAAACUAUUUUGGGGGGCUCAUUUUUAUAAAGUGUAAAUAAAUAAUCUCAAUGUAUAAGUGUGUAUUAGUAUA